UCCUGUUUCAAAAGAUUUGUCUAGGCCCAUUGUUCGGCUGUUUCGAAAUAAAAUUAUCCCAUUGUUUUUCCACGUGCGUUUUAUGGGGUUCCGUCUUUAAGACCUUCUCAAAAUCCACUUUGUAAAUCCUAGUAGUAAUAAAAAAAGUUUUGGCCUUAAAAAUUAAAAAAAAAAAAAAAAGAGUAGGAAGUAAUAGGUGUGAAAAAGACCGAGAUCAGUGAAAGUGGCUCCAUGAAAGAAGAAGAAAUACGAGUUACAUGAAGAACGUCAGUUUUAUUAAAACUUUCCUUUUUCGGUUAUCGAACUCAGCACAGAAACGUCGUUUGACUUUUUUGUCUUGUUUAACUACAAUUUUUAUUUGGAACAAAUUCGCCGAGUAAAAAUUUUAUGCAGAGUUGAGAGUGUACCUGGGAGAAACACUAUCCUGUGAGAAACUGAGUCCAAAUGCUGAGGAAAUUCGGCAGAAACUUUUUAUAAGACUGAGUCAAACGACUAACAUGCCUGCGAAACCAGUUAUGAGCACAUUGCACAAUAGUGGGACUUACUUAGACAUGAGCCGAGCAUCCACAUUACCUUCUAUCUCAACACAUUCCAGUGGAGAUAUAAAUUGUUACGAAGCAAUGUCUGAACCUACAUCAACCUCGUGCGUUGCCAAAAGUGGUAAAUUGGGUCGAAAGGAAAGGUUUCUAUGGUUGGGACAGACCAGGAAAUGUUGGGGAGUUCUAAUAGGGCAGAAGCUCUCACUUUACUCGUCUCAGGGUGAGACAAGACCCAACUCUGUUUUGAAAUUAGAAGGCUACCAAGCCAGAGAGUCUAACUGUAAAAAUGGCCUGGUCUUAGAGUUGUUCUCACCUGGAAAUAAAACUUAUCAGUUUGUAGUCCAAGACAAAGAAGAACUGAACUCAUGGAUAGAAGCAGUGAAUGAGCAUUGUGGGAAGCGUAUGCUUCCACCGCCCCCUCCACCAUUACCGUCUUCCCCACCUCCGGUUCAAGAACUUUAUGACACCCCAGAUUCUAGAAUCCGACCAGUCACUCCGAAUUCAAGACAAGAAUACGAAUCGAUGAAUGAUUCAUUUUAUCACAUUAUUCCUGAUCACAAGAUUUCUCAGGAGGUGCUGUAUAAAAACUUGAUGCAAGAAAAUAUAAAGGAAGAACUUGAAUCAUCAUACUACAAUCUCGUGCCUAGACGGACUGAAGAGAUUUACCAGACAAUUAGUGAAACAGAGAAAUCGACUGGAAAGAGCAAAGAAAAAAGCUUCGAGAGAGGAAAUGAGAAUCGUAUUCAAGCAAUAAUAAAAGCAAUGGAAGCUUCCAUUGCUGAGGCACAACUGUAUGAACCUGUAGAAUCAUCUCAAGAGCUUUCGAGAUAAAUAAAAAUUGAUACCCUUGAAGUUUAAAUAUUA